GCGAGUUUGUCGAGACCUUCGAGUGGGCGCUCAAGGGCAGCGCCGCCCCGGUGGCCCUGUGCUUCCGGGGCGUGUCGGUGCAGCCCUCCUUCGAGUUCGACGUGGAGAGGCUCUCGUUCGGCACCGUGAGUUACGGCUUCCUCAACUCGCGCAUGCUGAUGCUGACGAACACCUCAGAAGUGCCCUGCAUCUACACGCUGCGCAUCCCAGGGGACGAGAACAACGAGUUCGACAUCAUCCCCUCGAACGGCACCCUCCUGCCGGGCUGCCGCCAGCGGGUCCAGGUGGACUUCGUCAGCAGCACCGAGAAGAAGUACGACCUGCGGCUGGCCGUGGACCUGGCAGCCCCGGGCGCCAUGGACAGCUCGACCCCGAGCGCGAGGUGCCGUGGGCGAGGCGCUGCCCUGCUGCUUCUCGGGGCCGCCGCGGCGGCGGCCUGGGCCAGCGCGUCCGCUGGUCCAGGGACGGAUGCAUUCCUGACGCGCCGGGAUCGUGCCCGCCGCCUGUGCUUUCUUGCCUCCGAGAGGAGGUGCCGACGUCUGCUGCAGCCACGGCAUCCUUGGAGAGCGUUUCGGGAAGCAUGCCGGCGUGGGGCAUUACCGCAGCGACCGUGGCCUCCGCGCUCGUGCUCCGCGACGUCGCCAUGCGCGGCGCCGGCGUGCCGAAGGGCCGGUGGUCGCGGGAGAGGGCCGCAACGCCCGCCUCCGGUGGUACAAGAAGGGCGACCGCGCAGCCCAGCGGGCGCUCGAGCUCGGCCAGGGCAUCAAGGCGGGCACCAUCGACUUCAUCUACGGCAAGCCGCAGGACUGACGACGACUACGACGACGACUACGAGGAUGACGAUGACUACGAGGACAGCGAUGACGAGGACCGGGGGACCUGGAGAAGAAGCCCAUCUCCUGAGCUGCCCAGCCGGUUGCUCGCGCGGCAAGAUCAGCGGCUGCCUCUGCGGCUUCGGUCGUUCCCAUGCCCAUCCUCCUUCCCAGACGCAGUCUAA